GUGGUAAAUUAUUUGUUUCUCUCACUACAAAUAUGGAAAUUCACUUUUCCGAUUCUUCAACGGUUCAACCUGAAAUGUGAGGAGUUGCAGAGAAGAAAACCUUUUUGGCAGAGCUGAUUUUCUAUUUAAUUUUUUUUUUUUUAUAAAUCAAAUCAACGGCUGUAAUUUUUCAUGCUUGGCUGAAUCAUUUACACAAACACAUGGCGAGUGAGUCCAGCGCCGAGUUUCACCACCGCCAGCAGGGCGUACUGUUCAAUUCCGCCGGAGCGGCGAGGAGCAGCAGCGGCGGCGGCUCCGGUGGUUGUGAAUUGAUUUCGACAGCGAAUUGUUACAGGAACUCCAUGGGAAGCUGGAAUUUGAGCGGAAUUGACGGGCCGCCUCCUCGGAGGAGAGGAAUGGUUUUCUCGUCCGUCGGUGCGCAUCGGAACUCUGUGGAUUCUUCUUCCUCGACGCUUGUAGUCGAUUUGGUUCCCGGAAUGAAGCACGAUACAGGCCUGGCUGCGGAUUGGUCGAUCGAUGAACAGUACAAGUUGGAGGAGGGGCUUACCAAAUAUGCCAAUGAACCUAAUGUUUUGAGGUACAUUAAGAUCGCUUCCUCACUUCGUGAAAAAACCGUACGAGAUGUUGCUCUUCGAUGUAGAUACAUGACAAGAAAGAGGAGAAAACAGGAGGACCAGCGCUUUGGGAAGCAAAUGAGGGAUCAAAAGGAACAAAUGGAGUUAUCUUUGAAGAAUAACAUGUCUCCAGCUUCAUCUGUAAAUGUGGAUCCAUAUUGUUCAACUACAAACCAUCAUGAUCAGACUGAUUGCAUGCUUUCGGGAGUAUUGAGUGGCAAAGCCCGACAUCUGUUGGAAGAAAAUAAUCAGGCUUUUGGUCAAAUUUCAGUAAAUCUUUCAACUCUCAAGUUGCAGCAAAACCUGGAUCUCCUUUUCCGAACAAGGAAUAACAUAAUUACAAUUUUGAAUGACAUGAGAAAGAUGCCUGGAAUUAUGAGCCGAAUGCCUCCUCUUCCUGUGCUUUUACAUGAGGAACUUGCUAGUAGUAUUUUUCCACUCUCGUUUCAGCCCAUGAUGUUUAGCACAUCAAACGUGACACCAUUGAAGCAGGAGCCAAGAUGCUGAUUGACUAUUCUUAACUACUUAGUCUCAAUCGAAAUCAGGUUUACAAGCUUUUAUUACGUCUUAACGUUAUUCUCCAGAAAUGUCGUUUUUUUGGAAGGGUGAACAGUAGAUGGCAAUAAUGUUCAUAUCAUUUAUCAGUUGGAAGAAGAAGAAAAAAAUGAAAAAUCAAAAAAAAGAAAACGAUGAACCAGAUAAUGCACUGAUAUCUAACGUUAGCUGUCCGCCUUUUUUUUUUUUAAUGAUUAUUAUGUAAAUUUUCGGAACAUAAACUAGUGUUGGAGGUUAGUUUGGUGCAUAAUUCAUACCUAUUUAUUUAC